AGUUCCCCUCCAGGCCAACAUUACAGCCUUGCUUUCAAUUCACCUCGUCUUCCCGCUGCCGCAUCCCCCCUGCUACUUUACUGCCUUCGUUCUGGACCGCACGCUGCUGGGCCUCAUGGCGAGCAAGCUGCUAGCCAGAGUCAGGCGGCUCCUGCCCCCGCUCCUGCGCCGGCACAGGAUGGCGCUGCUCACGGCGCCCGCGGUGUUCGCGGCCCUCCUGCUCUUCUGGGCCGUGCUCGGCGGCACCGACGCCGACUACGUGCUGUACAAGGACGCCGCCAAGCCCGUGGAGGACCGCGUCGCUGAUCUUCUUGGGAGGAUGACGCUCGCGGAGAAGAUCGGGCAGAUGACCCAGAUCGAGCGGCUCGUGGCCACGCCGGACGUGCUCCGGGACAACUUCAUCGGCAGCCUGCUCAGCGGCGGCGGCAGCGUGCCGCGCAAGGGGGCCACGGCCAAGGAGUGGCAGGACAUGGUGGACGGCUUCCAGCGGGCCUGCAUGUCCACGCGCCUCGCCAUCCCCAUGAUCUACGGCAUCGACGCCGUCCACGGCCAGAACAACGUCUACGGCGCCACCAUCUUCCCCCACAACGUCGGCCUCGGCGCCACCCGGGACCCGUACCUCGUCAAGAGGAUCGGCGAGGCCACGGCGCUCGAAGUCAGGGCCACCGGCAUCCAGUACGCCUUCGCGCCAUGCAUCGCGGUGUGCAGAGAUCCGAGGUGGGGGCGGUGCUACGAGAGCUACAGCGAGGACCGCCGGAUCGUGCAGUCCAUGACGGAGCUCAUCCCGGGCCUUCAGGGCGACGUGCCCAAGGGCUUCAAGAGCGGCAUGCCUUUCGUGGCCGGAAAGAACAAGGUGGCUGCCUGCGCGAAGCACUUUGUGGGCGACGGCGGCACGGUGGACGGCAUCAACGAGAACAACACCAUCAUCAACCGCGAGGGCCUGAUGAACAUCCACAUGCCAGCGUACCAGAACGCCAUGGACAAGGGCGUCUCCACCGUCAUGAUCUCCUACUCCAGCUGGAACGGGAUCAAGAUGCACGCCAACCAUGACCUCGUCACCAAAUACCUCAAAGACACGCUCAAAUUCCAGGGCUUCGUGAUCUCGGACUGGGAGGGUAUUGACAGGAUCACCACCCCUGCCGGAUCCGACUACUCCUACUCGGUCAAGGCUUCCAUUCUUGCCGGCCUGGACAUGAUCAUGGUGCCCAACAACUACCAGCAGUUCAUCAGCAUCCUGACUGGCCACGUCAACAGCGGCGUGAUCAACAUGAGCAGGAUCGACGACGCCGUGACCCGGAUUCUGCGGGUGAAGUUCACCAUGGGCCUCUUCGAGAACCCCUACGCUGACCCGGCCAUGGCCGAGCAGCUGGGAAAGCAGGAGCACCGAGAUCUGGCGAGGGAGGCGGCGAGGAAGUCGCUGGUGCUGCUGAAGAACGGCAAGACGGCGAGCGACGCGCCGCUGCUGCCGCUGCCCAAGAAGGCGCCCAAGAUCCUGGUCGCCGGGAGCCACGCCGACAACCUGGGCUACCAGUGCGGCGGGUGGACGAUCGAGUGGCAGGGCGACACGGGGCGCACCACCGUGGGCACCACCAUCCUGGACGCCGUGAAGGCCGCCGUGGACCCGUCGACGGUGGUGGUGUUCGCGGAGAACCCCGACGCGGAGUUCGUCAAGGGCGGCGGCUUCUCGUACGCGAUCGUGGCGGUGGGCGAGCACCCGUACACGGAGACCAAGGGCGACAACCUGAACCUGACGAUCCCGGAGCCCGGGCUGAGCACGGUGCAGGCGGUGUGCGGCGCCGUGCGGUGCGCGACGGUGCUCAUCAGCGGGCGGCCCGUGGUGGUGCAGCCGCUGCUGGCCGCCUCGGACGCGCUGGUGGCGGCGUGGCUGCCCGGCUCGGAGGGGCAGGGCGUGACCGACGCGCUGUUCGGCGACUACGGGUUCACCGGAAGGCUGGCGCGGACGUGGUUCAAGUCGGUGGAGCAGCUGCCGAUGAACGUGGGCGACAAGCACUACGACCCGCUCUUCCCGCUCGGCUUCGGGCUCACCACCAAGGGGACGAAGGAGUACUAGGCCGCUUCGCGUACUAGACAGCACACCAUUAAUGGAUGGAUGGAGAUAGGAAACUGGGACAUGAACCGUAGGUUCUUGCCUCCCGCCAUGGCUGCCGAUCGAUUCCUUUCGCUCGGUCGGCUUAUUCUAUUACUACUGCUAUUCUUUCUUACUUUCUUUGUUGCUGGUUGAUCUGGUGUAUUAUGCUGAGUGAGUGAUCUGGUGUAUUAUGCUGAGUGAGAUCUCACUCUGGAGCAAGCAAUAUAUAUCCAAUCGAUGAGCUAUUUUAUUCACUGA